AUGGUGUCCAAGAAGAAGCCUGAUUUUGUAUUUCUUAUGGAAACGAAAGUGGGGCGAAUACAUGCUGAACGUGUUCGUGUCAGGAUUGGUUAUGAAGGACUUUUUUAUGUUGAUAAUACGGGCCGUAGUGGUGGUUUGGCACUACUUUGGAAAAAGAAUAAUACUGCAAGAUUACUGGGUUACUCAAAAACGCAUAUUGAUGUGGAGGUGAGUAUAAUUGGUUUUCCCAAUUGGAGGAUGACUUGCUACUAUGGUUAUUCAGAGAGAACACGCAGAACUGAAUCAUGGGAUUUGUUAAAAUUGUUGGCAACGCAAUCUGAUUUACCCUGGAUUGUAAUUGGCGACUUUAAUGAUCUCUUGUAUCAAUAUGAGAAGAAGGGAGGUAAUCCACACCCGAAUAGUCUCUUACGCGGCUUUGGAGAGACUAUAGAUCAGUGUGGUUUAGCUCAGCUACCAAUGACUGGCUAUCAGUUCACAUGGAAAACAGGCAAAGGCACUCCUGGAUGGAUUCAAGAGAAACUGGAUAAGGUACUUGUUUCUGAUCAGUGGAGGGAUAUUGUUAAUGGGGCCACGGUUGCGAAUCUAAUGACAAGGAAAUCAGAUCAUUCGGCUAUAUUUAUGGCAAUUCGACAUUAUGGGGCCAGAAGAGAUGGGGCAAGACGAUUUCGGUUUGAGAUGGCAUGGCUCUAUGAUGAGGGGUGUAGGACUGUAGUUGCUAAAUCAUGGGAGGAAGGAAGAGGAGGGGGCACGCAAAAUUGCAUUAGACAUUGUGGGAACCGGUUAACCCGUUGGGGGGGAGACCGUUACCAUAAGUUUGGGGAGAAAAUUGUACUGCUCCGGAAAAGACAGGACCGUCUCAGGGGAUGUACCGAUCCGGCCUCACUAGCCGAGUACAACCGCCUGGAAGUGGAUUUAUGCCGGGAGGAGAUGCAGGAGGAUGUAUACUGGAGACAGAGGGCCAAACAACACUGGCUCAAAGAUGCGGAUGCCAACACGAAAUUCUAUCACAGGUAUGCCUCGAACCGAAGGAAAAAGAAUACUUUAAUUAAAAUUAUGGAUAAUCAUGGUGAUUGGGUGGAAGGGGAUAGUAUGACGGGUGUGGUUCUGGAUUAUUUUAAGCAUAUAUUUACAUCUAGUAACCCCAUGAAUGGUGACCUGAUUUUUAGUAAUGUUACUCCACAAGUCAGUCAGGCACAAAAUGUUUUAUUAGUGCGGCCCUUUGAGAUUGGUGAGGUGAGGGAUGCUCUGUUUGAGAUGUAUCCUGAUAAGGCACCAGGACCGGAUGGGAUGAACCCGGGGUUCUAUCAUAAUUUUUGGGAUAUUGUGGGGAGUGAUGUUUCAAAUUUUAUUGUAAACUGUCUGAAUACAUGCUCGUUGCCCCCUAGUUUGAAUAAUACAGAUGUCGUGUUAAUCCCAAAAAAAGAUGUUCCUGAGCAGGUCUCUGAUCUAAGACCGAUUGCGCUAAGUAAUAUAAUCUAUAGAAUUAUGGCCAAAAUGAUUACUCAAAGAAUGAAACCCCUGAUGGAUAGUAUUAUAUCCGAGUCUCAAAGUGCAUUUAUACCUGGCAGAUUAAUAACGGAUAAUAUUCUGAUUGCUUCAGAGGAGGCUAAUGAGAUUAAAGGUUGCAUAUCCUUAUAUGAAAAACUGUCUGGACAGGCUCUUAAUUAUCACAAGUCCAGAAUAAAAAAAGCAGCGUUUGCCUAUAUUGAGGACAAGAUCAGACAGAGAAUAGGAUCUUGCAAUAAGAAGUUAUUGUCACAAGCGGGUAAGGAGGUCUUAUUGAAAAGUGUGGCUCAAGCUAUGCCUACUUUCUCGAUGAGUGUUUUCUUAUUACCUGUUUCUGUUUGUACGGCUAUUGAGCGUUUAAUGAAUAGGUAUUGGUGGGGCUCAGGAACUGAUCAGAGAAUUCAUUGGAAAGCCUGGGAUAAAUUAUGUAUCCCAAAGAAAUAUGGUGGGUUGGGUUUUAAAGACCUAAGAGCUUUCAAUGUGGCACUGUUAGGAAAACAAACUUGGAGAUUACUUACCAAUACAGAAUCUCUGGUGUCUAAAGUGUAUAAGGCGAGAUAUUAUCCUAAGCAAUCUUUUACUGAUGCAAUUCUUGGAAAUAACCCAAGCCACUGUUGGCGAAGUAUUAUGGCGGCGAAGGGUUUAAUUUGUAGUGGGGUAAGAAGACGAGUUGGGAAUGGAAAAUCUACCUCGGUAUGGGGACAUCCUUGGUUACAAGAUGAGGAAGACCCUAUGAUCCAGAUAGAAAUGCCACCCCAACUGAGUAGUGCCAGAGUAGUCAAUUUAAUUGACCAAGAAACGGGUACAUGGGAUCACGACUUACUUACGGAUAUUUUUGAACCCAAUGAUGUGGCCAGGAUUUUAAAAAUACCAGUCUCCCCAGAUUAUGAUGAUAUGUGGUAUUGGCAUGGGGAUCCCAGAGGCUACUACACGGUUAAAAAUGGGUACAGAUGUAUAUUGGGGAACUACGAGAAUACUGGAAAUAUGGGGUUUACUAAGUGGCUCACAUUGUGGAAACAGAAAAUCCCACCCAAAUAUUCUGAUGGUGUUGCCUACCCAGCUGCAAUUAUUUAUCAUUUAUGGAGAGCUCGGAAUGCUGUGGUAUGGGAAGCAUGUUUGCCCCGGCCAAGAAGAUUGGUAGCCAUGGCCCAAGCCGAUUUUGCGGUAUGGCGACGCAUACAUGGGAGCACACUAACGACGGUGAUGAUGCCUACUAUACCAAGCAACAACGCUACAGCAAUUGUUACUGCCCACCAAGCCAAAAGGGAGUCCAACGAAAUAAGCAUGCCUCAUGCAGCUCACCACGCCGUUACACACCACACUCCAACUCAUUUGCCACCCAAAUGCUACGUCGACGCGGGGUACCGCUAUGCAGACAAUACAGCAACGGUAGGAGCGGUAUUAAUAGGGCCAGAUGGACAGUUUAUCUCGGCGUACAGUGCACCCUUGCCACAUUGUUUUUCCCCACUAAUGGCUGAGGCGUAUGCAUGUAAGGAGGCCCUAUCUUGGAUACGCGACCGUGGAGAACAAAGUAUUGAGUUAUUUACUGAUUGCCAGACCCUUCAAAGUUAUUUGACCACACCACAACUGCUGUCACGAUCGUAUAUUGGCUAUGCUAUUGAUGGAUGCAGGAAUCUUAUAUCUACUUUUAAUUACAGUCGUGUUAAUUUCAUUCCUAGAUCGCAUAAUUAUUUAGCACAUAGUUUGGCUUCUACAGCUUUUCAGUAUGAUACAGCUAUGUAUUGGGAUACUAUCCCACCUGAUGCUAUUGCAGCUUAUCUAUAA